AUGCCGCGUAACUCCCCGGCUGUGUGGCUCGGCGUGUUGGCGCUGGUGGCGCUCACAGACGCGCAGAACGACACGGAGCCCAUUGUGCUGGAGGGGAAAUGCCUGGUGGUGUGCGACUCGAACCCGGCUUCAGACGCCAGAGGCUCUUCAUCUCCGCUCGGCAUCUCAGUGCGCGCGGCCAACUCCAAGGUGGCGUUUUCAGCCGUGAGGAGCAACAACCACGAGCCGUCAGAGAUGAGCAACAAAACGCGGAUCAUCUACUUCGACCAAGUCCUUGUCAACAUAGGAAACUAUUUCACAUUGGACUCUGUAUUUCUGUCCCCUCGCAAAGGCAUCUACAGCUUCAACUUUCAUGUUAUUAAAGUAUAUCAGAGCCAAACCAUACAGGUGAACUUGAUGUUAAAUGGAAAGCCAGUCAUCUCUGCCUUUGCAGGUGACAAAGACGUGACACGGGAGGCUGCUACCAACGGUGUUCUCCUCUACCUGGACAAGGAGGACAAGGUUUACCUGAAACUAGAGAAGGGAAAUCUAGUGGGUGGGUGGCAGUAUUCCACCUUCUCUGGAUUCCUCGUAUUUCCUCUGUGAAAAAGAGGGCGUGACUGCCAGCUUUCCCAUGCGUCAACAGCGUAUCACCAUUGUUUAACCGAUCUGUCAGCAUUAACAGGAAGGGCCUGGACUGGAGGCAUUCCUCCAAACACUCAUUCGUUCACUGUUUGCCCAAAGUGUGAAAAGGACCUUUGGAGAAAUAUCGUUGUGGCAUGUGUGUUCCUUUUUCACAAUGCAAAGACACAUCUAGGGACCUGCUGUUGCCUUCAUAUAUUUAACGAAUUCAACUGAAGUGUUUAGUGUCUUUCAAAGCUGUGGAUUUUUCGUACCAUGUGUCAAAUAUUAGUCACUUUUCUGAUGUCUGUACGGUCAGUCGGUGUCAUUCGUAUCUGCUCAUACGUUAACUGUUUGAUAUGAUAGCACUUCUUUUCUAUGGAGAAUUCAGGGGGCACUAAAUUUCCUUUUACUGCUUACACAUCUCUAGCACUCGAGAAUAAAUGAAUAAUAAUGUAUACCUAAACUUAACCUAAACUCAGCAAAUAUGGGGUCAAUAAAACUGAUUUGA